AUGGAAGAAACGCCGGUGCUCACGCGCCGGCGCCGAAGGGAGCGGCCGAUGCUCGUCUGUCUCGAAUGUCAUCGCCGAAAACUGAAAUGCAAUAAGCAGCGGCCCUGCGACCGGUGCUCAAAGAACAAUCCCCCGCUGAAAUGCACGUACGUGAGACCGGUCCACGGCAGCGCACCGAAGCGAUCGCCCCGUGAGCAGCAGCAGCGGCACCAAGCAUCCACCGAUAGGGAACGAGGUCCCGACGUCAGGCAUACACCGGGCCACUCCGACGAUCAGGUAGAUGCAAGACCCGAAAGCAUAUUGCCUGCUGUGAAUCGCAGCGCUUCAGCUUCCGAGUCUCGAGACAGAAGCGUAAGAGACGAUGACGCGGAUUCACCGACUCCUGGGGCCCAAGAGGGCUUGCUUGAUGGGAACGCAGACGCGCUGGGUAUGUCCGAGAACGCCGGGGCCCCGACCGUAAAGCCGAGCAAACUCAAUUCGAGAAGAACGUGGUACGGGCGUAGUAGCAACCACUGGCUUUUCCCAAAGCAUAUCAUGGCUCUCAUGGGCCGAGCCGGGUUCUCUUUACCUGGCGGCCAGUUUACAACUUUCAAUGAGCUCAAGACUUCGUUGUACCAGCGCCGAACCCUCUUUCUCGGAGAGACCCAGGGGCCCCAACUAUCCAUGUUUGAAGAGUUUCCACCAAGGAGCACAACGGAGUUUCUAGUCCAGCGAUAUUUCGAAACUUUUGGCUCCGUCUUUGCGCUCUUACAAAAGCCAAUUUUCCAAGACCAGGUCUUGAGAUUUUGGGAAAAGCCUGAGAGCGUGCCCAUUUCCGACUGCAUACAAAUCUUGCUGGUCAUAGCCAUUGGAAAUGGUACUCUAGACAUCAACAGCGGCCGAUUGCCGGACACCAAGAUUGAGGGGUGGUGGCAUCUCAUCCUAGCGUGGCAGGGCGUCGCCCUUCGUUCGAACCCUUGCGAUGUCAGCACUCUCCAAGCAUGCUGCUUGAUUGACAUCAUGAGGCAGGUCUACAGCCUGGAUUCUACCGCUACUUGGUCCUCAUCGGGUAUGCUGGCGCGGAACGCCAUGGUGGCAGGCCUGCAUCGCGAUCCCUCAGUCACAGGAGACCGCCUUACAAAGGACGAGCUAGAGACUCAACAAAAUCUCUGGUACACGAUCCUGGAGCUAGAUUUACAAAGCUCAAUGAAUGAGGGGGUUUUGACAACGAUAGGGCCUGACGACUGGGAUAUGUCGUUACCAACACCUCCAAGAUCAGGUGGCAGCGUCGCCGGAGGUGACUCGUCACCUGUGGGCUACUUGAUUUUGACUCUGAGAACGCGUAUGCGUAUCGCCAACUUUCUCAAUGACAUCAGAUGCUCCACGAAAUACGACGAGGCUUCAAAGUUGCAGGAGACAUUUGAAGCUGCAGCACAUCCGCUGCUAGCAGACAGCUCUCCUGACCGGGGAAUUUUUGCUCUAUGUUUCUCAGCCAUUCUUUGUCAGAGGUCAUUACUUGCUCUUCACUUACCAUUUGGCAUUCAACGAAGCUCCACGUUGGCGUUCUCGCACACCUUGUGCGUCAGCACCGCCAUCUCCAUCCUCGAGACCAUUGAUCCUCCCAACAAACUGGCCAAAGCAUAUGACGUGGGUGGACUGGUGAACAUGAUGAGGACCUCCGGGUCUCUGUUUCGUACAGUGGCCCUACAAGCCGUGUUGUUCCUCUGUUUUCAGCUAGAAGUGUCCAUCACUGACAACAAGCCCUGGACGUUAAUCGCCGAGCUUCGAGACCGGAUCAUAGAUAUUAUCGACCGCUACGCCCUCAUUGCCGAAAGGAGGCUCGCGACGCAAGACUUUGUAGGGAAGGCUUUCAUCAUCGCCAACAUGGUAUCGGCGAAAGCCAAGCUUGUGAGGAUGGGACACAGCGGAGCGGAGAUCGAUGCGGCUAGUCCGGCUAUGGCCAAGGACAUCGCCGAGGUGUGCUUCGCCAUCUUCCGCAAUCGGCCGGAUAUCCCUGGCCCUGUUCCCGAAGACAUGACACCAAUGUCGAUAAUGGAAUGA